GUUUGCGUCCUGGGUGGGUGUGUUGGGUUUCUGUAAUCUCUGUGAGCCUUGCCAGUUGCAGGGUCUUCAAAUCAUCCAAAACUGGUCUUCAGAUUUACAUGUGAUAAGCAAGUUUAACCAGCAAAGGGUAAAAAAGAUACAGAUGGGACAUCUGUGUCUGUGGUGUUUGUCACUCUGUUAAAUGGGGUGAUUUUUUUUCUCCACAGACAGGACAGUUGUUUCUCCUGGAUCCUGUGCAUUCUUUGGGUAAUAGAUAUGCUGCUGCUGCAUUUCUUUAACUGUGAAGCGUUUGUGAAAAGCAACAUUGUUGCCGGAGACAGGGCAGGCAUUAGAGGCCGUGUUGUGACAGUCACCGUGUGGCUGCUUUCCUCCGGAAUGUGUGUCUUUCCUCCGUGCUCUGCCUGGUUCUACUCACUGAGAGGAGCAUGGUCGUGAUGGGGCUGCCAUGGCUGCUGACGCUGGAGCUGGUGCUGCAUGCGGGCUGCUUUAUCUGUGGCAUCAUCGCUGCUGCCUCGCUCACCUUCACUCAGGGUCACUUUGCAGGACAGUGCAUCCUCUAUGGCAGUGUCCACUACAACUCAUCUGGCCACUCCCUGAUCCUGGAAAACUCCAGUUCUUCCUCGCUCUGCUAUUUUGUCUCAGCCAUCUCAGUGUGCAUGGCUAUUUACUGCAUCUCCCUCAUUCUCUACUGGGUCUACGCCAGCUGUGUGGAGGAAGAAGUGAGAAGGGGAACUACACUGCUGAAUUUGUCUAUAGGGGCUUGUGGGCUCCUCUUGUUUUUCCUCUUGGUGUCAGGCUGUGUUCUCAAAAUUGGCCGGGACACCCUGUGCCUCUCUGUUCUUCACAAUGUCCCAUCUAUCAGCAACUGUGAAGAAGCACAGAACAGGACAUGGGCCAGUCCCUACACGGGGAAUCAGUUUUACACAGGACUCUACAGUGCUGAGAGGUCUGUGUGGGUGAGCUUCUUCUUCUGGGUGCUGAUCAUGGCAGUGGUGGUGGUGCAGAGACGGAAGGCUUCAGGCGACGAUGCUGAAUGGAGUCGUGCAGAGACUGAACCGUUCUUCCAUCGUCAGGCCCGCACCCUGUGAAACCUGUGAAAACCUCACAUAGCUACACCUUGUGAUCUGCCUCACAUCAUCACAGAUCUGAUAGUUGAGAUGUAUAUCAGUGGCAGUGCAGUCAGUGAGGUGUUAGACUGCAUGCUCACUGGAACAUAAAGUGAGAAUUUCCUAGGAAGUAUUUAUUACCUACAGUUAAAUUUGCCUGUAGGAAAUAUGUCCUGUACAAGGAGGUUUCUAUUAUUUUGAUUUAAAAAUAUAUAAUAAUAUUAUAAUACUGUGUGAUUUAGUAUGUUUAGUAUGUAAGUAUAGUAAGUGUACUAUUUAUUUUCAGUUAUGAUCCACACAUGACUGUGAAUGCAAUGCCUUAAUAUAACAAUGAUACUUUUUGUAAAGAUAAACAAUAAGGUUAUAAAGGAUGAAGGCUUUGUUGCUUGUCAGCUUGAUCAGAAAAUUUAAAUAUGAGACAAAUCAAUAACUAAGGUACGUUAAAACAUCCAACAAUUUGUAAAGAAUAAUUAAGGUUAAUAAUGAGUUUGUUUUCUUUUUGCUGCAGUAACAGCCUCUUACUCUUACAGAAAAAUGCUUUAAACUAGAAUUUUUUUCAUUUCUGUGUUAAUUUGAUGGCAUUCACCCAUGAGAGGUCAUUAAAAUGCCACUCAAACUAAUUCCAGAGGUAUUGGUUCCAGCAGUCUACAGAAGUCAGUUCCAUUGCUCUGCUCCACAGUCCAGUGCUGCAGGGAUUUAUACCCCUCUAUCUACUGAAUGGCAUUGGACAUGGUGACUUGAGGUUCAUGCAUGGCUGCGCUAGAGCAUCCUGCUCUGCAUACCAAAGUAAAUGCUUGUGUCAGUAAUGGGUGAACCACACUGCAGCUGAAUAUGUUUAUAUUUAAUGUGUAAAAAUGGUUUUAAAAGUGGUCAGAUGAGACACAAAAAACAGCGGUUUGGUUAAAAGCAUCAGAGGAGGGAUUGGUAUGAAAAAAUAAUCUAGGUUGUGACCCUGUAUUGUAGACUGUUUGACUUCCAAGCACUCUUCGAAUUUUGUUAGCAUACUUGGCAUCACAGAAUCGAUCAUAAAGUACCAGGAGAGUUUAUGUUAACCUGAUUUAGAGCCUGAUUGCCUCUGCCAGGAAGCUAAGAAUAUGCUGUGGCUGGGCAGUGACCCAAAGCAUACCUCUCUUGACCUGGAAAAUCCACAAGAGAGAACCAAAGAAUCAAUACUUAAAAAUCUGGAUAGAUUUUGUAUUUUUGUAGGAAAGGUUCCCUCAAAUCAACCUAUGUCAUAACUACCAGUAUACAAUUAUUAAAAUACCUCUGUUUUCCUUGACCAUUUUG